CAAGCCCACGAAGAAAAAAGUCGAAAUAUCCUGAAAGCCCAAACCAAAAAACUCCGAUCUAGGAGCGAGCGACGUCUCCUUCUUUCUUGACUGUGAACCGCUUUACAUCUCCGUCUCCUCCUCUUCCUCAUCUACACAGGCAAAACAAAAAAAGAAAAAACCCUAGAAACUGAGCAAGCAGACCUCACUCGCUAAGUCUUCGCAAAUAAUAACACCAUUGUACUUUUUUCUUCUUUGAUGAUAAAACCCCCGCUAAUUCGCUUCACGGUUCUCAAAUUCCACAAUGGGAGCAAGUCGCAAACUACAAGGCGAGAUUGAUCGCGUUCUGAAGAAAGUCCAAGAAGGCGUUGAUGUGUUUGAUAGCAUCUGGAAUAAGGUUUAUGAUACGGACAAUGCAAAUCAAAAGGAGAAAUUUGAGGCAGAUUUGAAGAAGGAAAUAAAAAAGCUGCAGAGAUACAGGGAUCAGAUCAAAACAUGGAUUCAAUCCAGUGAAAUCAAGGAUAAGAAGGUUAGUGCCUCAUAUGAGCAGGCUUUGGUGGAUGCUCGUAAGCUUAUUGAGCGUGAAAUGGAGAGAUUUAAGAUCUGUGAGAAGGAAACAAAGACAAAAGCCUUCUCUAAAGAAGGGUUGGGCCAACAACCGAAAACUGACCCAAAGGAGAAGGCCAAAUCAGAGACAAGGGAUUGGUUGAACAAUGUGGUAGGGGAGUUGGAAUCUCAGAUUGAUAGCUUUGAAGCUGAGAUUGAGGGGCUGACUGUUAAGAAGGGAAAGUCAAGGCCACCUAGACUGACACAUUUAGAGGCAUCCAUUGUGAGGCACAAGGCUCAUAUAAUGAAAUUAGAAUUAAUUCUGAGGCUGCUGGAUAACGAUGAAUUGAGUCCUGAGCAGGUCAAUGAUGUUAAAGACUUCCUGGAUGACUAUGUGGAACGAAAUCAGGAGGAUUUUGAAGAAUUUAGCGACGUUGAUGAGCUUUACAACUCGUUGCCAUUAGACAAGGUGGAGUCUCUUGAAGAUUUGGUUACCAUUGGUCCUCCUGGCCUUGUUAAGGGUGCACCAGUUCAUACCUUGAAGACAUCUUUGGCAUCAUCAGCAUCUCAAAUACCUGCUACCGUGACUCCUGCUCAUCAGCAGGCUACUUCUGUUCAGGAGCAACCUGAUGAUACAGCAUCUCAGGAUAGUAAUUCUGAUAUUGUUGCAAGAACACCGCCUGCUAAAAGCAGUAUGAUUGGUUCUGCUGCAUCGACACCAACUGUGAAUCAUGCAACUCCAGUUUCUGCAAGCGCUCCACCUCAUACAGUGUCUGGUGUGACAACACCUUCAAUUCUUCCAACGUCAACUCCAGUUCGCAGUGUGUUGGAAAUUGCAGCCACUGCUAUUCCUUCAUCUCCUGCAACAUUGGCAAAUUCUGCAAAGGAAGAAGAAGUUGCAGGUUUUCCUGUCCGUAGACCAUCACCAGCUCUUUCUGAUACUGGACUAACAAGGGGCAUCGGUAGAGGCAGCCUUUCUAGCCAGCCCUCUCCUAGUAUUCCUAUUAGUUCUGCUGCAGUUCCAAGCAAUGGAACCCUUGGUGCAGUACCUUCAGUAUCUGACAUUGCAAAAAGAAAUAUUUUAUCAACGGAUGAUAGACUUGGAAGUAGUGCAAUGGUGCAACCUUUGACUUCUCCGCUAAGUAAUCGGAUGAUCUUGCCUCAGACUGGCAAGAGUAAUGAUGGAACUAGCAUAGUUGAUUCUAGUAAUGUUGGUGAAGCUGCGGGAAUUGGUGGAAGAGUUUUUUCACCUUCUUUGGUCCCCAGCAUGCAAUGGAGACCUGGAAGUUCUUUUCAAAAUCAGAAUGAACCGGGACAAUUUCGUGCAAGAACUGAAAUAGCACCUGAUCAAAGGGAAAAAUUUUUGCAACGUCUUCAGCAAGUCCAGCAACAAGGUCACAGCACCCUUCUUGGUAUGCCACCUCUUGCUGGUGGAAAUCAUAAACAGUUUUCUGCCCAACAAAAUCCACUACUGCAGCAGUUUAAUUCUCAAAGCCCAUCUGUCUCUCCACAAGCUAAUCUGGGACUUGGAGUUCAGGCAUCAGGUCUCAAUACCGUUACGUCGGCAGCGUUACAGCAGCCAAAUACCAUCCACCAACAGGCUAGUCAACAAGUCGUGAUGUCUAGUGGUGCAAAAGAUGCUGAUGUUAGCCUUUCAAAAGUUGAGGAGCAGCAGCAACCUCAAAAUUUACCUGAUGAUUCAACCCCUGAGUCUGCUCCUUCAUCUGGGCUGAGCAAAAAUCUUGUGAAUGAGGAUGAAUUGAAAACAGCCUACACAAUGGAUACUUCUACAGGAGCAUCUGGCUCUUUGGCAGAGCCUGCCCAGAUGCCAAGAGAUAUUGACCUCUCCCCUGGGCAACCCAUACAAUCCAGUCAACCUUCUACUGGCCUUGGUGUUAUUGGUCGGAGAAGUGUCUCUGAUCUUGGUGCCAUUGGUGAUAAUGUCAGUGGAUCUGCUGUGAAUUCUGGGGCAAUGCAUGAUCAGAUAUACAACUUGCAGAUGCUCGAGGCAGCAUAUCACAAGCUUCCCCAACCAAAGGACUCAGAACGUGCUAGGAGCUAUACUCCAAGGCACCCUGCAGCCACACCUCCUAGCUAUCCCCAAGUUCAGGCACCCAUUGUAAAUAAUCCUGGAUUCUGGGAACGACUGACUAUUGAUAGUUAUGGCACUGAUACAUUGUUCUUUGCGUUUUACUAUCAACAGAAUACCUAUCAGCAAUACUUGGCCGCAAAAGAGCUAAAAAAGCAAUCCUGGAGAUUUCAUAGAAAAUAUAACACCUGGUUUCAGCGGCAUGAAGAGCCCAAAGUUGCAACUGAUGAAUAUGAACAGGGGACUUACGUGUACUUUGAUUUCCAUAUUGCCAAUGAUGACCUCCAACAUGGAUGGUGUCAAAGAAUCAAGACUGAGUUCACUUUUGAGUAUAACUAUCUUGAAGAUGAACUUAUUGUUUAGAAGAUGUGCAGUGCUAUAACUAUAGUGAUGCGAAACUGAUUUAUUGAUGAUGCUAUAACAGUAUUAAUGCUGCUGUUGAUUUUUUUCAAAGUUUUUAAUUGGAUAUACUAGUACAAAAACCGUUUUGUAAAUUGCGAUUUAUUCUUGUAAGAGUUUUUCAGAGCUUAUGAAACAAGUAUUUUGGGGUAUUUGUACCAUUAUAUGAACUGAAACAAUUCCCCUUUCUAAGUUAUUUAUAAUUAUAAUCAACUUUCCUUCCCAA